AUGUUGAUUGACGGAAAAAAAUCAAAGAUCAAGACUUCUCUUUUAAAAGAAGAAGCUGAAGAGAUUAAAGAAUAUCAUUUUCAUGUUUAUUUUUUCCAGUAUAAUGAAAAACAUCGUGCAUCAGCUCUCGCCCUACGUGAAAAGAUAUCUGAAUUAGUUGAGAAAGGAUUUUUUCAUCCUGUCCCGUAUAAAACGGUUAACUAUGCCCCACUAGGACCUCAUUUAGUCGGAUCAUAUGAAGUGUGGUGUCCUAAAGAACAUUUCUCUAGGGUAUAUUCAUGGUUCCUUCUUCAUCGUGGAAUUCAUUCUGUUCUUAUUCACCCUUUGACCAAAAAGGAGGUUUUAGAUCACACCGAUAGAGCGGUAUGGAUGGGAGAUUCUUUUCCUCUGGACUUGUCGAUUCUUCACGAUUUAGAUCAGGUCCCUUUACAAUAUCCUGAGCUUGGACUUGGAUAUUCUGCUCCUAAUGAUAACUAG